AUGUUGUCGAUCCAAACGUCGAUUGAGGUCAGGGCUGGGUCGUUCACGGUGAACUCGUUGCCCGCCUACGUCGGACGGCCUGCCACGGUGGACGUGAGGAUUUGCACGAUUUCCGGUGAGACCGUGUGUCCGAUCGGAGGCCGCGUCACGCACCGUUGUGUGCCGCUAUUCGGAUCUGCGAAGACGAAGCGUUGUUGCAUUCUAUCUGGGAGCUCGACCUGGAAGAAACUGAAUGUCAGGUCGUGUACGCUGCCCAUGUCGGCGUUUACUGCGUCGAGGUGUAUCGAAAGGUGUUGGAGUGGCGCAUCUGGUUGGUAG